CCGCCGCCGAAAGCUUCCGAUUCCGACGCAGUCGGCGAUGGCGGAAGCCCAUCUCUAAAACCCUAAGCCCUGGUCUUUCUUUCGCUCUCUUUCGUUCUUCUACCAGGUCCCGCUUCGACCUAGGGAGCUAUGGGUUGCCUUCCUCUCUUGGCCUCCCUCUUCUUAGCCUCUUUCCUGCUCCCGUACGCGGUGGAGUCGUUGGCGCAGGCUUUCCGGCGAGAUCCAGGGCAUCCGCAGUGGCACCACGGCGCCUUCCAUGACGUGCAGGGCACCAUCCGCGAUGAUGUACGUCGCAUGCUCCAUACGAGGGCGGAGGUCCCUUUCCAGGUUCCCCUUGAGGUUAAUAUUCUACUCAUUGGUUUUAAUGGUGAUGGAGGCUACAGAUAUAAAAUAGAUGCUCACAAGCUUGAGGAUUUCCUGAAAAGUAGUUUUUCAACACAUAGGCCCUCGUGCCUUGAGACAGGAGAACCAAUUGAUAUUGAGCAUCACAUAAUAUAUAAUGCAAUACCUGCUGGACAACCAGAACUAGUAGCUCUUGAAAAGGCAUUGAAGGAGGCAAUGGUUCCUGCAGGAAUUGCUAGAGAGAGUGAAUAUGGCAGAGAGUUUCCUCUAUUUGAGGUAGAAGCAACAGUGGUGGAACCAAUUUUCCAGAGACUAUACUCAUUUAUAUUUGAUGUAGAAAGUGGUGGUUAUUCUGCAACUGAAAUGGACCGACUUGUCCCUGCAGCAAUAUUUAUAGUGAAUUUUGACAAGGUCAGAAUGGAUCCCAGGAACAAAGAAAUUGAUCAUGAUAGGUUUAUGUAUGGGCCAAUUGGUGAAUUGACAGAGGAAGAACUGAAAAAGCAAGAGGGAGAUUACAUCUAUCGCUAUCGUUAUAAUGGUGGAGGAGCAUCUCAAGUUUGGUUGAGCUCCGGGAGAUUUGUGGUGAUUGAUAUUUCAGCAGGCCCUUGUACUUAUGGAAAGAUAGAAACUGAAGAAGGAAGUGUUAGUUACAGAUCAUUGCCAAGGUUAUCCAAUUUAAUUAUCCCGAGAGGACUGGUUGCUGCUAGCAUAGACUCGACACAAGCUAUUUUCAUGGGGCAGCUUGGAGCAUUGAUUUCAACUACCAUUGAGCAUGUAAUAGCUCCUGAUAUCAGGUUUGAGACUGUGGACUUGACCACAAGGUUGCUUGUACCUAUCAUUGUCUUGCAAAACCACAACAGAUACAACAUUCUUCAAGCUGGUCAUAAUUAUAGCAUAGAUAUUAAAGCAAUUGAAAGGGAGGUCAAAAAGAUGGUCCAUGCGGGCCAGGAGGUAAUAAUUAUUGGAGGUUCACAUGCACUACAUCAGCAUGAAAAGUUAGCAAUUGCUGUUUCAAAAGCAAUGCGUGGUCAUUCUCUUCAAGAAACAAAGAAAGAUGGCCGAUUUCAUGUCCAUACCAGGACAUAUCUGGAUGGUGCUAUUCUUAAAGAGGAGAUGGAACGUUCAGCUGAUGUUCUUGCAGCUGGUUUACUGGAAGUUUCUGAUCCUUCUCUCUCAAGUAAAUUUUUUAUUCGUCAGCAUUGGAUGGAUGAAGCAGACAGUUCACAAGAUUCCAUGAUCAAGCACAAACCAAUAUGGGAAAGUUACAUUCCUAAACAUGGUCGAGAUAAGAAAUCUAGUGGAAAAAAGAAACAAGGAAAUCUAUACCGAACUUAUGGAACCAGAGUGAUUCCUGUUUUUGUACUGUCAUUGGCUGAUGUUGAUGCUGGCCUUCUUAUGGAAGAUGAAAGUCUUGUUUGGACGAGCAAGGAUGUUGUAAUUGUCCUUCAGCAUGAUAAUGAGAAGAUUCCCCUAAGCUAUGUAUCAGAAACCACAAGACAACUUGCAUUUCCAUCUCUAGCACAGCAGCACAUUUUGGCAGGAUUGGCUUCCACAAUAGGAGGGCUCAGUGCACCUUAUGAGAGAGCAUCACAUAUACAUGAGAGGCCUGUCAUCAACUGGCUUUGGGCUUCAGGAUGUCAUCCAUUUGGGCCAUUCUCCAAUUCAUCUCAAAUUAGUCAAAUGCUUCAGGAUGUUGCAUUAAGAAUCACAAUAUAUGCACAAGUUGAUUCUGCACUUCGCAAGAUACGCGACACGUCAGAGAGUGUCCAAUCUUUUGCUGCGGAGCAUCUCAAAACACCACUUGGUGAACCAGUGAAAGGCAAGAAAAAGAAGUCUGGCACAGAAUUAUGGGUGGAAAAGUUCUAUAAGAAGACGACCAACUUACCAGAACCUUUUCCUCAUGAGCUUGUUGAGCGUUUAGAGGAAUACUUAGAUAAGCUCGAAGAAAAGCUUGUGGAUCUUUCUUCAUUGUUGUAUGAUCAUCAAUUAGAGGAUGCAUAUCAAAAUAGUUCUGACAUACUCCAAAGCACUAUAUUUACUCAGCAAUACGUCGAGCGAGUUUUGGCUGCUGAGAGGGAGAAAAUGAAGUGCUGCAGCAUACAGUACAUCCAACCAACACAGACAUCCCAAGCUUUUAUCUAUGGGGGAAUUCUUCUGGCUGGGUUCUUUGUAUACUUUCUUGUUAUUUUCUUCUCUUCUCCUGUUCGCUAAUAAAACAUGCAGCUAGAGAACUAGCCAUUUUAAGCUGGCCCAUGAUGCAUCAAUGAGAUUUGGUGCAACACCAUACAUACUAUAUUGUCACAUCUGUCUUCUGAGAGAGGAAGUUUUGGCUGAUGCCAAAGAACAAGUUGACAUGAGCACACUGCUUGUAACAUGCUGGAGGUAUUUUUCGUAGUUUUUUUUUAUCUACUCACUAAGAUGCCCUAAACCUUGAAA